AUCUUCCUGCUCCGUCUGAUCUUUAAGCACAUUAGUGAGAGCCCCUGAGCCUUGUCCAGGCUAAACACCAGCGCUCCGCCCCUCGCUGCACCACGGGUGCUCCCUUGGCUGGGCACGAUCCUGUACGUGCGUGUCCGUGCUGCCCGGGGAGCCCACGCCGCACGAGGUGCCCGGGCGCGGUGUCUCAGCCGCGUGGAGGGAAGAAGUGGCUCGCGCCGCGGCCAAGGCCCUUCCCGGUGCCGCCCCAGGUUCGCCACCUCCGCCGCCCCCGCAUUGCUGGCGCACCGCCCGCGGUGUCCGCCGGCACCUGCAGCUCCUCUCCCGACCAGCUGCCUUGCGGCGGGGCAGCUGCCAGCCUGGCUGCCGCACGGUUGUUCCUCCCCAGGGGCAGCACCGCGCAUUUUCCGGUGGUGAGUUCACAGGGUUUCUGUUGCCCGCCAGGGUCCCUCUGAACAGCAGCAGAAGGAACUGCUGUAUUAACCACACUGCUCCUUGUUCUGUACCAUCCGCAGACUUGCCAAGGCUGCACUCCAGCCUGCUAUCCCGCUGAUUAACGAAGAAGCUGAACAGCCCUGGCACCCGAACUGGCCCUGGGGUGCCACUCGUGAGGGACUCCAGCUGGACCCCAUGGCACCAGUGACAAACGCUGGUUUUUCAGUCUGUCUCCAGGCUCUUCACCGGUCUGUACUUUCUCCCUCGGACAACAAGGGUGUUGUAGGAGUCAGCGUCUGGCGGAAUACAGGGCCGGCAAGGGAAGAUUUGCAUUGUGGGCAUUAGCAACAGGAGUUGCUAGAUUUAAAUCCAAAGCCGUUUUUCUGUUUGCUUUCACGGCGCGCUCGGAUGACACCGGGUGCCGAGGGCGAUGUCGGGCAUCCUGCGCCGGCACCAGCGCCCGUCGGUUCGUCAGGCGGAGGCACCGGACACGCUGCGCCGGAGAAGUUCCACCUCUUGCCGCGCCGCUGCCGGGAGCGGAGAGCGGCCCCCGGGCCCCAGCACCGCCCGCUCCGCCAGCGAGCGCGGCGGGCGCGGAACGGAGGCACGACGGACGGACCGACGGACGGACGGACCAGCCGAUCCCACGCCGCCGCACGCCAGGCUGUGCGCAUGCGCCGUGCCCCCGGCCGUUUCCAUAGCAGCAGACGCCAACAGGGCGCGGGGCCUGGCGGGCCGUGCCGGGCCGUGCCGUGCGGUGCGGGGCCGGGCCGUGCGGGGCCUGCCCGGGGCCCGCCAUGGGCGAGCCGGAGGUGGAGGCGCUGGUUUCCCAGAAGUACGAGAUCAAGAGGCGGCUGGGCAAGGGGGCUUAUGGCAUUGUAUGGAAAGCCAUUGACCGCAGGACAGGAGAAAUAGUUGCUGUUAAGAAGAUUUUUGAUGCUUUCAGGAACAGAACAGAUACUCAGAGAACGUUUCGAGAGAUUAUGUUCCUGCAGGAAUUCGGAGAACAUCCCAAUAUCAUCAAGCUGCUCGACGUCAUCCGGGCGCAGAACGACAGGGACAUCUACCUCGUCUUCGAGUCCAUGGAGACGGAUUUACAUGCUGUGAUUAAGAAGGGGAACUUGCUGAAAGAUAUCCACAAGUGUUACAUUCUCUACCAGCUCCUGAAGGCAACUAAGUUCAUCCACUCAGGAAAUGUUAUCCACAGGGAUCAGAAGCCGUCCAACGUCCUGCUGGACGCGGAGUGCUUCGUGAAGCUCUGCGACUUCGGGCUGGCUCGUGCGCUGCGUCAGGACGGGGGCGGCGGCGCCGCUCUGACCGAGUACGUGGCCACGCGCUGGUACCGCGCGCCCGAGGUCCUGCUGUCCUCGCGCAGGUACACCAAAGGCGUGGACAUGUGGAGCAUCGGCUGCAUUCUGGGGGAGCUGCUGCUGGGGAAGCCGCUUUUUCCCGGCACGUCGACAGUGAAUCAGCUAGAGCGGAUCCUGAGGGUCGUUCCCGCCCCGGCCCCAGAAGAUAUUUUGGCUAUGCAGUCAGAUUACAGGGCCUCGAUUAUUAACUGCAUGGGUUGCGGGCAGCGAGUAACAUUGGAGGAGAUUUUGCCAUCCUCUACUCCACUGCCUGCCUUGGAUCUUCUGAAGAAACUUCUGGUAUUUAACCCGGAUAAACGACUCACGGCAGAGGAGGCUCUGCAGCAUCCCUAUGUGAACAGGUUUCACUGUCCCGCCACGGAGCCCUCUCUGGAUCAUGAUGUGAUUCUUCCUUUAGCUGAUGAUAUCCAGCUGUCCGUGGCAGAAUAUCGAAAUAAAUUAUAUGAGAUGAUCCUCGACAAGAAAUCCCGUGGCCGUCCAAAAGAGCGGGUGCCCAGAGAAAACACGCGGCUGGGCCGGUGUGAAUCCAGACCGCGCGCUCCCGGCCCCAGUUCCGCGCCUGCGCCCGGCAGGAGCGCGCCGGGCGAGCCAGCACCGCCGCUGGCGCCUCCUGUGCGCGCUGGCGCCGCCGCCCGGCCGGGCGCGUCCGGCCCCGGGGAGGGGGCGGCGGGAGCGCCGUGCCGGAGGUCGGAGGGCAGCGUGAUGUGCAGUCCCGUCACACGCGCUGCCGCUGGGUGCACGUACCGCCUCCCGCAGCAGGACGUGACCGCCGCGGCGCUGACCGCGCGGGAGAAAGAGGAGCCUGAGCGGGGAAGAGGAGCCAGGGGAGUUCACACGGCAAAACGAGAAGGUAAAGUAAAUUCUGGUGCUGUGAUCAGGAACGGUUCUGCACCACCUUCUCAACAGAUUGGAAUCUCCCACAAUAGGAGACCGGAGAGACAAAUCACACGGACAAGCGCAAAUGCCUGGCUGCCUCCUGCAGGUGUUCAGAACCUUCCUAACAAUCUGAGAAAUACUCAGGUUCACAACAAAGAUGUUUGUCCCGUUCUGAAGCCCAGUAAAAAGAUGUUCCAGAUUACUGCCAAUAUGGGAGCAGCUGGUGACCCGAAAGCGUCGAUGGGCAGUUACUCCCAGGCCUACGGAACCAUAUGUAAAUCUGCACUGCAGAGUCUCCCAAUACUGAAGUCCUCCCAAAGCCAGGAGCAGUGAUUAUGGCUGUGUUCUAACGAGAAAGCAAUAUUCCAAGGGAUACUGUCGCUGAAACACCAUGAAGUUGUUAUCAGGCAACAGUGGGACUGCAGUGAACUUCAAAACUAUAUUCCUGACUUAAUGCUGAUUUUUGAUACAUUAACUUGAAGUUCUUGUAAGAAGUUUCUGUCCCUGAAAUUCUACGUCACCUCUGAUGAAUGGUGGUUGUUGCAGAACGUUGGCACUGCGGUUGCAGAGGGGAUCGGGCGCUGAAUUCCAGCCCGUGAGCGCGGCUGCCGGUGGAACAUCCACGUUAUCUUCCAGUGCCCGUGCACCAGGGGCCAGCUAAGGGAGGAACAGCACGGCCACCGGGACCAGGCGCCACCGGGAGCCGGAGCGCGCCUCGCAGGGAGCGCUGGUUUGUCCUUCAUGAACAGGCGUUUCCUGUGCGUCUGAGGUACAGGCGCGCGCAGGGAGCGGCAGUGACGGGUGCACACGCCGUGUGGCGCUUCUGAGUCCCACACCGGUUCUCACGCGCGGAACAGGCGCCCGCUGCGUGGUUCGCGCUGUGCUGUCGCUGAAAGCCGAACGCCCGGCGAUCCAAUACAGCGCAGCCCCGGGACCCCCUCUGGACCCGAGAGGCGAUGGGCUGAAACACCCGCUCUGUUCUUGGAACGGCUUUAGCGGGUGAAUUCGCUGUUCUGCGGUGUUUGUGUACACCUACGUGAUCCGGUGGUCAGAUCCCAAAGGAGAUGGGUCACGCUAGCUCUGGUCCAGAACUCGCCCGUACACUGUGCUGAGCACGACAAAGUGCCAACGAUCUGAAACACAGCAGAAUUCUGAGAGGUGAUGUAAUCUGUUACUGUAGAGAUCAUUAAACUGCUCACUUGUGUGACAGAGGGUGGUGCUGGAGCAGGUGGGUGUGCAGAGGCUGGGGAGCUGUGGAGUCCUGCAAGUGGGAAUUACAUAUAUAUGAUGAUAUAUAUCUAGAUAUCCUGUCUUCUCUAGAGUAAAACAAUCUCUAUCCGUAUCAUCUGGCAGAGAACAGCUGUAUUGAUCAUUAUGGUUAAUUUUGGGACCCACCAAUAACUGGAUCUGAUUCGUUACUAAGAGCAAACAAAAUGAGUAUACGUACAGCAUUCAUUUAUGAAUUUGUACAGAAGUAGCAGUUUAUGUGUUGUAUCUGAAAUUGUGUAUAUUUAUACAUUAUGGAAUAAGCAUAAGAAAUUAAUUUCAGCUUUUUUUUCCAA